UAUAAACAGAAAAGAAAAGAGAACUUCAAUAUCGUGGUCUUCUUCGGUCUUUUACUCUCUCGGACGCCAAUGGAAGCUCUGCGGAAGCUUGAGAGGGUUCAGAGGAUGCUGUCGUUCAUGGAGGCUCGAGGGCUCUCUUUCAACGAUCAGGGCUCCGACCGCUUCCUCGCUCAUUUUCUUCUCUUCUUGGUGCAACCAUGCGGUACAGUUAGCAUGGAGAAGAGGUGCAAUCUGAUAUCUGAGCUUCUUCAGAAGCAGAUCUCAGCUAAAAUUCUGGAAGAAGCACUGUUCUUUGUCACUGGAGAAGAUAGCCAGCAGAUUUAUAUUGAGCUCCCAUCCCAGUUUUACUUUGAAAACAAAAUAAAAUUUCAUCAAUCAGAAGCUGAAGAUAUACCUAUGAUUGGACUUGAUGCAAUGGAACGAGCAAAUUCUACCCUGGAAGAUUUUUGCAGGUCUUAUUUCAUGUUUCAUGAAAUGGAUGUAAACAAACCACAGUCUAUUUUUAAGUUCCUCCCUGUUCUUUCUUUUACAGAGAGCUACAUAUAUCAGCUAGACACACUAAAUGAAAAGGAUUUGCAUUUGCCAUCCCAGGAUUUAAUUUCUCCAAAAAGCAGAUAUGAUAAUUUGGGUUGUAUAUUGAAGGGAGUUGCUGAUCAAAGUGUGACCAAUGAUCUUAAUGAAGCUUCCAGACUUGAUCCAUUCAAUCUUCUUGUCCAUCUUCUUCAAUGCCAAGGGCUACUGACGGAGCGAAUAAGAACUGAACUCAGAUCAGGUGCUGAAUAUUGGGCUCUUGAGAGGAAGCUUUGUCGCUUGUUGAUGGGAAAAAAGAAGGUGCCUCUGAUAUUAAUUGAAGAUGUGAUGAGAGCAAUUCAUCUCAAAUCUUUUGAUUAUCGAGUAUUGAAUCUUUUGUUGUAUCAAUUACGAGGUCAAGAGGUCAAUGAGUUGCAUAUGGAAUUCCUAUCAGUAUCAGAAUUCCUGGUUGAGGUAUCAGAUGACUUGUAUGAUUAUGAGGAUGAUGUUAUAGACAAUAGCUUCAACAUGUUGCGAAUGUUUGUUGGGCUAUAUGGAGCUUCAGCAGCACCGAGAAUGUUGGCAAAAUGCAUUGCCGAGGCUGAAGAGAAGAUGGAGCAAUUAUCAAAGUGUUUGCAUCCUGAACUAUCAUUGAAAUACUGGAGAAGAUGUGAAGAAGCUACAAUGGAAGGAGGGGCAACUUCAGGGCAUGCCUUCGGAGCAUGGAGUAUACCUCCUAUAAUUGUGGAUGAGGAAUCCUUUCGAUUGCAAACUGUAAAUAAGAAACCAACCAUACAUACUAGUUGACUUGAAAGGAAAUAGGCAAACCAGAAGCAUGAAAUGUUUGCUAUUAUUAGAAGCAAUUUAUCUUUAGCAGGAAAUAGUGUCACUGGCAUUAGGCAAUAUUGCAAAUAAUAUACUAUAGAACUGCAAGCAAAUCAAUUCAGUUUCCAAGGUAUACCAUGAUCCAGACUCAAAACUGA